UCACAGUUGUGUGUCCUAGUGGUGAAUAAUCACCCUGUCUUUUCUUGGUCUUGGUAAUCAAAGUUUUAUUUGUCCGUAAAUUCAAAACAUAUGGAAUUACGACUGAAAAGAUGUGACGUGGAAAACAAAAGCUCUUUAAAUGUAUCUUGAAUUCCCACCUUAGAGCGGGUCUUUGUGAUGAUGACAUUUUGUUUUGUUGCUCAUUUGUUAUGAAACUACUUAUUUAGUUACGCCUGUGGUCAACUCAUUUUACACACAUUUACACUUACUGACGGGUAGAAUAUACAAUACAGACAGCUUUCAGGAAAAAAUUAUGAACAUGCGACAGGUCACUGAUAAAGAAUGGUACUGCUCCUGUCACAUGCGGCACUCGACCCCAGUUCCGGGCCACGUCACGUGACUCCGCCCCCACAUAUCCAGCAUCUCCUCGCCACCUUCCGAGUAAACAAUUCAACAUCAUUUCAUUAUGUCUGCCCACAGUUCUCGAUGCUUAUCUUCUGCACAGACGACUUCAAUGUGCUGAGAUGAUUCAGAAAUUAAGCAUGUCGAAUUCUACAGCAUUUGUCAUGAAAUUAAGCAGAGGGAAGUGAGGAUAGAAUUUUGAUGGGACUAAAACUAGAAGCAUAUCCCUUUUAUGAAAUGGUAACGCUAAGUGCGUUGCGUUGACCUUGCUAAAUAGGCUUUUAUGUUAUUAGAUGAUUCAGAUUAGUCGGCUCUUUCUGCUCUCUUUUGUCACCUACCGUCUUGUGAAGCUUUAUAAAAUAAAUGGCUACAGAAAAAUCAAGUGUUCAUUAUUCGGGAAAUGGUUACAUAUGUGUAGGUUAUAAAUAGACUCACGUUUCUAACCUCACAUCAAAUUUCAUAUGAGGCUGAUAUCUAUGAAUGAGAAUGAGGAAAAAGGCUGUGCUGCUUCAGGGAAGAAAGGUGUGGGCACAUGUGUUAUCAUCAGUGCAACUAUAUUGGAGGAUAAAUAUCAGAAAAUGUUCUUUUAUUCUAUAAUGUAGGGCUGUGUGGUUGUCAGUCUAACCCCCCUCCCCCUUGGUGGAUGGUACAGUCUUGGUUCAUUCAUAAAAUUCUAGCAGUGCAUAAAAGGAGGGGCUUGCAUUCUAGUCGUCCAGUUACCAGGUAUAUACCUGGAGAAAAGACCCGAGCCGUUCUGCCCAGCGGAAAGGCCACAGUCAUAUUUGGCAUUGAUCAGGAUUAGUGUUUUUUUUUUUUUUGGGUGGUAUAUCAGAACAACCUGACGCCUGACAUGGAUUCAGUGUCUCCCACCUGCCGGACAGAGUCUCCUGUCGGGACACUCUGCCAGAAGACGCCAGAGGAGGCGAGCUCUCCUGCCUCCUCCUCAGAGAGCAGUGCAAAGGAGCUGUGCCAAAACAUGAGUGUUGAAGACACUCCGUUUGUUCCAACAGUCACUGCAAUUUCCUCUACCCCAGAUUUCCAGUGGAUGGUCCAGCCUACAAUUAUUACAUCUGUCUCCCCGUCUCUGGGUGGCAAACAAGCCAAUGAACCGCAAAGCUCUAAACAGGCAACACCCAAAACGGGCGGGAAUAAAGGAAAAAAUGCUGUCAGAAAGGGGAAAACAGAGCAGCUGUCUCCAGAGGAGGAAGAGAAAAAGAGGAUAAGGAGGGAGAGGAAUAAAAUGGCUGCAGCAAAGUGUCGCAACAGACGGAGGGAACUCACAGAUACACUGCAAGCUGAGACGGACAAGCUGGAGGAGGAAAAAGCAGCCCUGGAGACAGAAAUAGCCAUCCUCCUCAAAGAGAAAGAACGGCUUGAAUUCAUCCUCGCCACACAUAAACCAAUGUGCCAAAUGUCAGAAGAGCUGGAGUCUAUUUUCCAAGAGCCCACAGGGUCCCCAGAGCUUCUGUCCAGUCCAGAUGAGGACAGGCUACCAGACGAUGGUGCCCAGGAAGCUCCUUCACUCCAGGACAUAGACAUCCCCAGUGAUCCAUCUACAGCCAUCUCUGGGAACUCCAAUAUCUUGCUUUGUGCCAGUGCAGAAAUCAACAUCUGUGAUCUUGAACCCUCUUUGGACAUUAAGGAGGGGCUACUGGACACUAUGCUGCCUGGUUUGGAGGAGAAAACCCCAAUGGAGACAGCUCGAUCUGUGCCAGACAUAGAUCUGAGCAGCUCUCUUGGGGUCUCGGACUGGGAGACCCUGUACAAGUCUGUCUCCAGCGACUUGGAGCCUCUUAGCACUCCUGUGGUGACCUCCACCCCGACCUGCAGCAGCUACCUGUCUGUGUUCACAUUUGCGUGUCCUGAGCUGGACUCUCUGACAGAGGAACUAGACAGCCAUAAAGGCGGUGGGGGCAAGGCUGAAUCUGUUGACAUCCUCAACUCUCCAACUCUUCUAGCCUUAUAAUGUACAGAGCAAACAACCUGUCUCAGCACUCUGGUUUUUCUUUUUGCAGGUUCCUGACUUUGAAAUGAUAUGUACAACAUAUGCCACAGUAUGCUGUAACACUUCAAGAAAUACAGUCAUGAAAUGUCUUGUGUGUGAUGAAGCAAACAUAUAAACUUCAGAUACAUAGCCAAAAGAGUGAUGUAGCUAAAAGCAUGGCUUUCACUUACAGGAGGGACUGAAGUCAGAUUUGAUUUUAAAACGCAUGCUGAGAAAUUCCAAAUAAUUUUCAAAGCUCAUGUAUAUUCGAUCUGUUACUAGAUCUAAGAUAUAAUGUGGAAUUUAAUGUUACAGUAUGGUUUUGUGUUUUGGUGUCAAUAGUGUAUUGAUUGCUGUAAAUGUUGUAUUUACAUAUUCAUCCAUUCAGUACCUGCAUACCUCAAUGUCAUCAAUUGUGGUUUGACCUCACUGUUAAAAUGUUGAAAGUUUUCCAUGAAAACAUCCAGUGCUAUAUACAGUACUAUAUAUCUAUCAAGAUGUAACUUAUGAUUUAUUUUUUUACCUUUCAGAUUUUGACUUAUUUGUUAAAUUAAAAAAAAAAAAAAAAGUAAAUGAGCAUUGAUUGCUUAUCUAUGCUGCAGAAUAAUGACAAUAAAUCUACAUUCAGAGUGGUGA